UCAGCAUUUUCACAGAUGUCCCACGCCUACACACACAAGUGGCUGAAUAAUUCCGACAAGCUUGGAACAUUAAAACAAAUAAAAUUGCUUGUACAACCAAACAAAAAACAUAGUGUGGAAAUCAUCAACAAUUUCUGCAACAUAAUGUUGCCUUCGUGGUCAGUUAUUGUGAGCAUUGUGACACUUGUAAAUUUAAUAAUACCACCCUUUAUUGACGUCAGCGCUGGUACGUCUGCCCUAAAAAAUCCUCUCUUUGCAAGCGGAGUGAGGUUCUGGACGCCAUUAAGAAUUAUUUGGAACGGGACGACUUCUCAGAAAUGAUUACGAAGCCACUCGUUCGCGCAAACCCGAUCGCAUUUUGGAACAAUGUGAUUCAAAUUGACGAUAUUUGUAACUCACGUGAAGCCAUAUUGUUGCAGAAAUAUUGUUACGAUUUUCCCAACGUGGUGAAGAAAGUGCUCAUUGACACGGUCCAGAUAAGUUUAUGGAUUGGGCUUGAGAUUUAUCAUUGGCCGUAUCUCUCAGAUUGGGUUUCCUUUGGGUCUGGGGAUUUGGUCUUCUUUGGUCUUACAUCUGGGAAACGACCUUUGCACUACUGCCAACUGGUUAACCCAGUUCCACCAGAGGAAGGCGAUUUUGAGUACGGGUAUCUUAAUUCCGUUCUGGAAAAUUUGCUGAAACCGAAACGUGUGGACAAAUUCGAUGAAAGAGUGAACUUCAGUUUUGCAGUGCGACAUCGUUUCCAGAAAGAUGCAGAAAAGGAAAAGGUCGACAACGAAUUGAAAUACAUGCUGGGGAAUGUGACAUUGGGUCUUCGCAAUUUAACAGCAGAUGUUCAUAACCUGACCCUGCGGGUGCAAAAUUUAACCGACGUAGUAGCGGUUGUAGUUGACCGGAUCAAUUACCAUCACAAGGACCACCCAUCUGGCCAAUUAUCUGGCGUGAGUGAUGCAGUAUCAGGCUUUUCCAACUGCACUUCAACCUGCAGUGAACUUAACAAGAGGCAUCUCGGUACUUAUGAAAACGAUCACAUUAUCGAUUGCUGCCGGUUGUCAUACAAAUAUCAGGAGGGACGCUGUGAAAAUAGUAUCCCGAAGUGUUCAAAGCCGAAGGAUGGUGCCUCACACAGCUAUAUUCCUGAUUGUAACAAGCAUUGUGAAGGAAAGGCCACCUAUUACAAAAGUUCUGACAUUCGGGAUUGCUGUAGCAAGCACGACUUCCCCUCAGGAGUGUGCGAUGAGUAUAUGCACACAGUUUGCUGGCAUUACUCGUAUGGAUUUUAGGUACAAUUUUUCAUCAAUUUAUACAUAGUACAUUUUGUAAACGAGUUGAUUUAUUUACUCAGAAUUUCAUAAUAAAUAUUUGCACAUGAAAACAUGUCGGUUUAAAAAAAAAUUUAUCAGUGCGUUUAACAUAACAUAGUGCGGGAUACCUGUAGAUAAGUUUAAAUAGGUUAUCGACAUACAGGCAAACGGACGGAUAAGACAGGUGCAGAUACUUUGAAUCGGAGCUUAAUAAUUUUUUCCUGAUUUUCAUGCAUCUAUAAAAAACACCUUUCUGAGGCUCGGACACGACAGGACGAAAUGAGAUCGACAGAUAAACAAUCUUUUGGUGUCACAAAUUUAUUUGGUGUAUUUUUUUGUUCUUACUAAAAUUGAAGUUAAAUUAGUUGGAGGUAAAUCCUCACGCCCCGAUGGCCCAUUAAUAGCUACCCUUAUAUUUUUUUCGGAUUUCAAACUUGUAUGGCGUAUAGAGGGUGUCCAAAAAAGUUUCUGCCGAUGAGUUUUCAUCGUGUUUUUGGUUGCUAGCUUUUACAUUUGUGAGUUUUGUUGCGCAACUUUUCUUUGCAAUAUCAUACUGUAGGUAAAGUCUCAUCGCAAGCACAGGGUCAGAUGUUAUGUUCAAAACAUUAAUUCGCCUG